GAAAUAAUCAUGCCAGAGCCCAGUGUCAAAGCGCCCAAGAAGGGCUCCAAGAAAGCCGUCUCUAAGGCCGUCAGCAAAACCGGCAAGAAGAGGAGAAAGACCAGGAAGGAGAGCUACGCUAUCUACGUGUACAAGGUGCUGAAGCAGGUCCACCCAGACACCGGCAUCUCUUCCAAGGCUAUGGGCAUCAUGAACUCGUUUGUGAGCGACAUCUUUGAGCGCAUCGCCGGUGAGGCUUCCCGCCUGGCUCACUACAACAAGCGCUCCACCAUCACUUCCAGGGAGAUCCAGACCGCCGUGAGGCUGCUGCUGCCCGGGGAGCUGGCCAAGCACGCCGUGUCUGAGGGCACCAAGGCUGUCACCAAGUACACCAGCUCCAAGUAAACUUGCUCGGAGACCAGCAACACAACGGCUCUUUUAAGAGCCACCCACUUCAUCUAAAGCGGUCUUC